AUGGAUACACCACAAACUCCUCAAGUUCAGGUUGGGGAAACCCCUGAAACAACACAACCAGAACCCAAUGCGAUUGCGACAAACCACACUUCCACCGAGGUAGAGAUGGGAGGAAUGCAGGAUAGAGACCAACUUCAACCCGAACCUGCGCAAGAAGAUUCGACUCUUCCAGAUGCGCAGGCAGAGCCAGAGCCAGAGCCAGAGCCACUUGUUCCGGUAAAGAAACACGCGGGCUUCAACUUCCUUGAGUGA